AUGUAUCACCUCACCAAUUCCGUCAAGGAUCGCAAGGUAUCCGAAGCCGGUCGCCAGGAGAAUGGUGAGCUAGAUCCCGGAGGCGUAAGAGAUCACGUGCAAUCUGGUAAAGAGAUCAUGACGGAGCGCACGGAGAAUGCUAGACGACUGAGCAACCACCCAAACUUACGGGUUGACGGUGAUACGCAUGCCCCAGAUCACUCGAAGCCGGCUUCACAAAGACACAGAGAAGAGGUGGACCGUAAGAUUGACCAAGGCAUCAUCGCCGACCCAGGGCGGAAACGGUCGGUGGUCCAGCAAGUAAAGGAUGCAGUCAAUCCUGAUGAAGCUUCUUGA